CAAACGGGAAGAAUAGGAAGCCGAACAAUGACGAAGAAGAACGUUAGCGCGGGUUGUUUGAGUUGCUAACUGCUGCCAAACAUUAGCUGCCAGAAGAUCUGCUAACUGCCAUUACGUGAGAUCGUCAUGGAGUCCACAGAGAGCAGGUUUGCUCACCUGCUGCAGCCCAUCAGAGAGCUCACCAAGAACUGGGACAUCGAUGUGGCUUCAGAGCUAAACGACUAUUUGGAAGAGCUGGAUGAAAUGUGCAUCACUUUUGAUGGAGGGAAAACCAGACUGAACUUUGCAGAAGCUGCCCUGUUGAUUCAGGGCUCAGCCUGCAUUUACAGCAAGAAGGUGGAGCUCCUGCACAGCCUGGUCUACCAAACUCUGGAGUACAUCAACGACAGGAACAAGAAACGGAGUAAACAGGCGGCAGACGCUCAGGGGGAUGGCGCAGAUGGAGCAACGAGCCAACAUGAUGCUGACGAUGUAGCCGAGUUCACUCCCAUGGAGCUCGACGACUCAGAGAGGACACAGAAACCUGACUCCAACUCGGCUGUGAGUGUCACUCCUCUUCCUCCUGAGUCUCUGAUUCCUCCUGAAACCCGUGAAAAGCAGAAACUUCCUCUCAUCAGUGUGAAAGGAGAGAUCUUGUGCAGUCUGAAGGAUUUCAGGAUCAACAUCUUCAUCCCAGGAGUCGAGGACAUGAUCCUGCUCACUCUGGGGUCUGCUGCUUCAAGGUUCCUGCUGGAAAACGGUCAAGAAUCUGCUCUGAGUGAUCAACAACAACAAGACCCUGUGGCUCCAGGCGAAGCGCCAUCUGAAGCUCCAGUUGAAGCUGCUGUAGUUCCACCUGAUGCCGUAGAAAACGGAGAUGAUGCUGCAGACGACUUCCUCCCGAUUGAAGACGUCCACAUGGAGCAGGACGUAGAGGAACACGUGGACAGACACCAGGCUCCGAGUGAAGGCCGAAUGAUCAGAGAGAGACGACAGGUGGAGGAAGACAAACAGAAGAAGGAGACGGUGCCCCCGGUGAGCGUGUGGACGCUUCACGACCCGUACGCCGUCCUCAGAGAGGAUAAACCCUCCAAACCCGGUAAAUGUUAUAAGGUUCCUGAUGGUUUGGACGAUGGAGGAAAGAGAAAACGGAAACGAGGAGGAGCUCUGCAGGACUUCAGGAGCUGGUUCACAGGAACCUUUGAUCCUCCAGAGCACAAAUUAAAAACCGGGCCCACGUUUACAGACUUGAACUACAUCUACGUGAGCACCAUAAAAGAUAAGCUGAAGACUCGCAAGAAGCUCUUCAGGAGAGCGGGUGUCUUCGUCUCUGAUGAGGAGCUGCGGCGGACUUUCCUGCAGCCUGCGGAGCCGCAGCCCCAGCAGGAGGGGGAGGAGCCUGUGGAUGGAUUCAGACAUCCUGACCUGCUGGGUGGCGAUGACGACACGUCGGAUAACGAACACGACGCAUUUCCUGAAGAUGUUCCGGCUGAGUUUAGAGGAGGAGCUGACUUCAUUUCUCCGGACGUUCAAAAAGACGAGCUGAGUUAUGAGGAUCUGGUGAAGCUGCGAGUGGAGCAGCUGGUGGUGAACUGUCGCGGUUACACUCAGGAAACAGCUCUGAGUCGACGAGUUAAAGACUGGGAGGACAAAAUCAAACCUGAGCUGCAGUUGCAGGAGGAACGCCCGGCCUUUGACAUUCACGAUUAUGGCGGUCGGAUCAUUGAAAAGCUGGACACCGUUGGUGAGCGUCGAUCUUUUGCCUCCAUCGUCGCUGGGUUGGAUAACUUUGAAGCCUGCAAAUAUCUGCUGGCAUCACUGCAGCUGGCGAAUGACUACACGGUGGAGGUGGACUCGGCGGUCGGUCUGGAGGAGAGUGUGGACUCCAUGGGUUUGACCCUGCUGAGCACUCACAGAGCGACGGACAGAUUCAAAACGAUGGCGGCUUCACAAUAAGAAGACUCACCAGGUCACAUAAAUGCUUGCUCUUGACGGGACAUUUGUACUUUUUAUAUCAAGCAUCAACCUUGUUUUCUGUCUGUUUUUCUCUCUGUACGUCUGAUUCCUGCUAUUAUUCAAUCAUGGUCCGUCUCUGUGUUUAAGUCUUUAUUAAAAAAGAAAAUAUGUUUUAUAAUCAAGUGCCCUGUCCUUCAGGAGCUCCUAAGAUAUGAAUUUGUAAUAAAAUGUUUGUUAAUAAAGAAAA